UUUCUCUUCCUAAACAUUUCCGCGACAACAACUCACCAACCAACGAUGGCGCUGUCGACGAGGACUUGUGUUCUGCUGGCCGCCCUGGCCCUUGUUGCGCUCACAGGCGUGGCAUCGGCAGCGGAGACGUGCAACACAAACAAACCUGCGUGCGCUUCUCAGAUCUACACCUGCCCCGGCCCUGGUGACACGUCCAACCUGGACACAUGCUGCCAAAUCACCUACGGCGAUGAUGACGACAACAUCUUUGACUGCGACAAUGCGUGCUGUGAUGGCGACUUGAUCCGCAGCAUCACGACCAUCGUCGUGGCCGUUGUUGUGUCCGUCCUCGUCUGCUUCGUUGGCAUUCCCGUGUGCUACUGCUUCUGGGCCGGCGUUGCGUGCUUUGCUGCGUCCCGCAAUGACCGGCACACGGUGACGACGACCACCACGACCAAUGUCAACCCCGCGCAGACGGCCGCCACGCAAAUGUCCUACACCCCUUCCCAGCACGGCUCAUCUAUGCCUCCACAGGGCUACCCACCACAGCAGCAGCAUCAGCAGCAGGGCUACCCACCGCAGGGCUACCCGCCCCAGCAGCAGCCACAAGGGUACCCGCCACAGCAGGGCUAUCCACCACAGCAGGGUUAUCCUCCACAGCAAGGCUAUCCACCACAGCAGGGUUACCCGCCUCAGCAAGGGUACCCGCCACAGCAGAUGCAGAAGCAGCAGCAGGCGCCACCUGCCUACCAGCCUUGAGGAUGGUCGGCGUGACAUGAUGCACUUGCGUGUGCGGUUGUAUGUGCGCUUGUGAUUUGGAAAUGCACGCCACGCUGGUUUCUUUCUGUCUUCGUUUCUUUUCAACAAGUUGUGUUGACGUAAUGGGAUAGAGUGCGUUGUGUGGAGUGUGCGUUGUGUGUGCACACGUGUGUGCGCCUGGUUUCUAAACCUUCUUAACAUGG